AUGAGUUUCAAAUCAACGACCUUAAAUUCAAUCCAAUAUAAGUAUGGCCCCCGAUCUGUUGCCAUCGGCAACUUCAACAACGAUAAUUGGCCAGAUCUUGUUGUUGCCCAUUAUGCUGUUGAUAAUGUAGCUAUAUAUUUCGGAUAUGGCAAUGGAACUGUAGCAAGUCCAGUCACGUAUUCGAUUGGUUCUGGUUCUGCUCCGUACAUGGUAGCUGUUGGUGAUUUCGACAACGAUCAUCAACUGGAUAUCGCCGUCGCAAAUUUUGGUACAAACAGCAUUGUUGUUCUUCUUGGAUUCCAAAACGAAUCUUUUGCGAGCCAAACAGCUAUAUCAACUGCAUCAUCUCGUCCUGUUUGGAUCCAUGUAGCAGAUCUCAACAAGGACGCAGCACUAGAUAUUGUCACUGUUAACUACGGCACAAACAGUAUAAGUGUAUUUUAUGGAUAUGGAAAUGGAAGCUUUUCAAGACCAAGCCUGUAUUACACGGGCUAUGACUCUCUUCCAUUAGCUGUUGUCAGUGGUGAUUUCAAUAACGACAAACAGAUGGAUCUUGCUAUUGCGAAUUAUGGCACAAACAACGUCGGUAUACUACUUGGAACUGGCAAUCGUACUUUCGCAAAUCAAAUCACGUUUUCAACUGGUCCUAAUUCCCAUCCACACUCGCUUGUUGUUGGCCAUUUAAACGGUGACACCAUGCUAGAUAUCGCUGUCGCCAACUAUGGAACUAACAAUGUAGGUGUACUUCUGGGCCACGGUGAUGGAACUUUUAUAAGACAAACGACAUAUUGGCUCGGUAGUGUUUCUCCAUAUUCUAUUGGUAUCGGUGACUUUAACAAGGACAAACGAAUGGAUUUAGUCGUCACCAACAAUGGCACUGAUAAUAUAGCUGUACUUUUCGGAAAUGGAAACGGCUCUUUCACAAGUGUAAUACCGUAUUCAACUGGAUCCUCUUCUUCAAUCUUCGUUGCCAUAGGUGAUUUAAACACAGACGAUCGUUUAGACAUUAUCGUCAUCAACAAUGACACAAGCAGUAUAGGCAUCCUGCUUGGUUCUGGCGAAGUCUCUUUUGAAAACCAAAGGACAUAUUCAACUGGCUCUAUGCCAUUUUAUGUAGCUGUUGGUGACUUUAACAAUGACACCCGAUUAGAUAUUGCCACUGCUAAUUGGGAAGGCAACAGUACAAGUAUUCUUCUCGGAUACGGCAAUGGGUCUUUUGCAGAUCAAAUGACAUAUUCAACUGGUUCUUCUCCACAUUCUUUAGCUGUUGGUGAUUUUAACAACGACACUCGAUUGGAUAUCGUCGUUGCUAAUUGGAAAGGGCACAGUAUAAGUAUACUUCUUGGGCAUGGUAACGGAUCUUUUGCAAAACAAACGACACAUUCAACUGGUGCUUCCCCUCGAUUUGUAGCUCUUGGUGAUUUUAAUAAUGACACCCGAUUAGAUAUUGUCGUUGCUAAUGAGGAUGAUGACACUGUAAGUAUUCUUCUCGGAUAUGGCAAUGGCUCUUUCUCAAAACAAAUGACAUAUUCAACUGGCUAUGUUCCAGUCGCCAUAGCUGUUAGUGAUCUUAACAAUGACACUCGAUUGGAUAUUGUCGUUGCUAACCUGUAUGGCAACAGUGUAAGUAUACUUCUCGGACAUGGCAACGGUUCUUUUACAACACAAACAGAAUAUUCAACUGGCUCUCAGCCAUUCUCUGUAGCUCUCGGUGAUUUUAACAAUGAUACUCUAUUGGAUAUUGUCGUUGCUAAUUCUUUUAGCCACACUAUCAGUAUACUUCUCGGAUAUGGCAAUGGGUCUUUUACAGAUCAAACGACAUAUUCAACUGGCUCUUCUCCUCACUUCGUAGCUAUUGGUGAUUUUAAUAAUGACACCCGAUUAGAUAUCGUCAUUACUAAUUGGGAUGACCACAGUGUAUCUGUAUUUCUCGGAUAUGGCAAUGGGUCUUUUGCAAAUCCAACAACAUAUUCAACUGGCGAUUUACCAGAAUGUAUAGCGGUUGGUGAUUUUAACAACGACACCCUCUUGGAUAUCGUUGUUGCCAAUUUUGCGAACGAUGAUGUCAGUAUUCUUCUUCGUUAUGACAGAGGGGCUCUAACAAACGAAACCACAUUUGCAUCUGCCGAGGGUUCUCGUUUACGAAGUGUUGCCGUUUUUGAUUUCAAUAACGAUACCCUAGUGGAUAUCGUCGUUGCCAAUUAUGGUACCAAUAACAUAGGCGUCAUUCUUGGACAUGGGAAUGAUACUUUUGGAGAACAAAAGAAGUUCUCAACUGGUUUUAAUUCUCAUCCUUGCUCGAUUGCCACUGGUGACUUUAAUAAAGAUGGCCAAAUGGAUAUCGCAGUAGCCAAUCAUGGUACUAAAAAUGUUGGGUUAUUUCUGGGAAACGGGAAUGGAACGUUUGAAAGUCAAUUUAGUUAUGACAAUGAUGAUGACUUGGUUCCAUUGUUCAUUGCUUCUGGCGAUUUCAACAAUGAUGGACGUGCGGAAAUUGUUGUAGCACAUGAUGACAUUGAUAAUAUAGAUAUACUUGUUGCAUAUGACACAAACGUUUUUGUAAAACAAAUGACAUAUUCCACUGGCGGUUCACCCCAAUCCGUAGCUAUUGAUGAUUUUAACAAUGACGCUCGAUUAGAUAUCGUCGUUGCCAAUUGGAACGGCCACAAUAUAAAUGUGUUUCUUGGAUACGGUAAUGGCUCUUUUGAAAAUGAAACAACAUAUUCAACUGGCUCCUAUCCACACUCUGUAGCUGUUGGUGACUUUAACAACGACACCCAAUUGGAUAUCGUUGUUGCUAAUUGGCAAGACAACAGUGUAAGUAUACUUCUCGGCUAUGGUAAUGGAUCUUUUGCAGAUCAAACAACAUAUUCAACUGGCCGCUCUCCGUACUCUGUAGCAGUUGGUGAUUUUAACAAGGACACUCGGUUGGAUAUCGUUGUUUCUAAUUCAAAUGACAACACUCUAAGUAUCCUUCUCGGAUAUGGCAAUGGAUCCUUUGCAAGACAAACGACAUAUUCAACUGGCCCUUCUCCACACUCUGUAGUUAUUGGUGAUUUUAACAACGACACCCAAUUGGAUAUCGUUGUUGCUAAUUGGCAAGGCAACAGUGUAAGUAUACUUCUCGGAUAUAACAAUGGAUCUUUUGCAAGACAAAUGAACUAUUCAACUGAUUCUUAUCCAACCUACGUAGCUGCUGGUGAUUUCAACAACGACACUCGAUUGGAUAUCGUCGUUGCUAAUCAGUAUGGUAACACUGUUAGUAUACUUCUCGGAGAUGGUAACGGCUCUUUUUCAGAACAAAUGACAUAUUCAACUGGCUCUCAACCAUUAUCCAUAGGUGUUGAUGAUUUUAACAAUGACACUCGAUUGGAUAUCGUCGUUUCUAAUACGGGUGACGACAGUGUAAGUAUACUCCUCGGCUAUGGCGACGGCUCUUUUACACAACAAACGACAUAUUUAACUGGUGCUGCGCCACAAUUUGUAGCUGUUGGCGAUUUUAACAAUGACACCCUACCAGAUAUCGUCGUUGCUAAUUCUGAUGUUGACACUGUAAGUGUACUUCUCAGAUAUGUCUAUCUAGCUUUUGGAAAACAAAUGACGCUCAUAACUGGCAAUGGAUCUCGACCGAGAUCAUUUGCUUUUGGAGAUUUCAAUAAUGACAGUCAAAUAGACAUUGUAGUCGCAAAUUCGGGCACUAACAAUGUGGGUAUUUUUAUGGGACAUGGCAAUUAUUCUUUCACAAAUCAAAGAGAAUUUUUAACUGGCUCUACUCCAAUGUCUGUUGCAGUUGGUGACUUCAACAAGGACGCCAUACUUGAUAUCGUAGUCGCUAAUCAUGGUAACGACAAUGUUGCCUUACGAAGUCGCCGUUGGUGA